UAUGCAAUGAACCUUAUGGUUGUUGUUCUUUUUUAAAUGGCUCCUGUUCUCUCUCCCCCCUACCCCCUACCCCCUCUAGGCUGAUAUCUGGUCUUUAGGUAUAACAGCUAUAGAGCUGGCUAAAGGAGAGCCUCCUAACAGUGACAUACACCCUAUGAAAGUUCUCUUCCUGAUCCCUAAGAGCAGUCCUCCGUCCCUCGGGGAAGACUUCUCUAAGAGUUUCAAAGAUUUCACAGACUCCUGUCUCAAUAAGGAUCCAGUCUUCAGACCCUCAGCCAGAGAGUUGUUGAAACAUAAGUUCAUAGAGAAGAACUGUAAGAGGACUUCCUAUCUGACUGAACUGAUUGACAGGUUGAAGAGAUGGAAGACUGAAGAACACAGCGAUGACGACUCUAGCUCAGACGACGAUAGUGAGUCCAGUAACAAGGAGGACAGUCCAUCUCAACCCGCGUGGUCGUUCACCACCAUACGGAAGAAAGAUAAGGACGGCAGGAAGGACCAGCACAGUUUAUCCACAGUCAUCUCUCCAGUCUUCUCAGAGCUGAAGUCUGAUCACAGGGAUGAACAGAGACGUGCUAUAGAGGAGUUGGAGAGAAACAUCAGACUGACUGAAGACCUCUGUCCUGGAAUCACAGACAAGAUGGUCGCCACGAUCAUGACACGCUUCAGGACGUUGACUCCAACAUAAAAGAGAAGAGAUGGAAGGAGAGAGAGAUUCGAGGACGAUUCCAGAUAAACGAGGGAAGAAAGAAGAAGUGCAGAAAUUCUGUCUAGUCAUGUCGACACACACACACACACACACACACACACACA